AUGCCUCCAUUGGCGAAUGUUGACUUACUGGAACGGGAAUUUCAAAGACGUCAUACAAGACUUCCAUUGGAAUGUCUUCGGUAUUUUCCGCGACCUCUGUUUUUGUCUAUCUAUCUAUCUAUCUAUCUAUCUAUCUAUCUAUCUAUCUAUCUAUGCCUGUAUGUUAGUAUCUAUCUAUCUAUCUACCUCUGCCUGUAUGUUAGUAUCUAUCUAUCUAUCUAUCUAUCUAUCUAUCUAUCUAUCUAUGCCUGUGUGUUAGUAUCUAUCUAUCUAUCUAUCUAUCUAUCUAUCUAUCUAUCUAUCUAUCUAUCUAGCAUUCCCGCUACAUUGCACAUCUGUUUCAUUUCUGCUAUUUUCACGUUUCUAUCUAUCUAUCUAUCUAUCUAUCUAUCUAUCUAUCUAUCUAUCUAUCAUUUCCGCCACUUUGCACAUCUAUCUCUCAAUCUAUGUUUCAUUUCUUCUGCUUCACACAUCUAUCUAUCUAUCUAUCUAUCUAUCUAUCUAUCUAUCUAUCUAUCUAUCAUUCUUUAUUUCCGCUUCUUUGCAUGA